GACCGGAAGUAGGGCCGGGGGCGGCGGCAAGUGGAGCUCGGCGGCGGCCGGACACCGGCAGCCAGUGAGAAUGGCAGAAGUCAGCUGGAAAGAGGUACUUCUGUUGACCGGGGUGGUGGUUAUGUGUUACUGGAACAGUACCUCUUGUGGGUUCGUCUUUGAUGAUGUUUCUGCCAUUCUGGACAACAAAGAUUUGCAUCCCUCCUCGUCACUGAAGAACCUCUUCCACAAUGAUUUCUGGGGAACCCCUAUGAGUGAGGAGAGGAGCCACAAGUCCUACCGCCCCCUCACAGUACUCACCUUUCGAUUAAACUACCUUUUUAGUGAACUGAAUUCUGCUUACUACCACCUCUCAAACCUUGUUCUGCACGCGGCAGUGUGUGUAAUCUAUCUCAAAGUAUGCCAGCUGUUUCUGGACAGAAAAUCAAGCUUGGUCGCCUCUCUGCUUUUUGCAGUUCAUCCAAUUCACACAGAAGCAGUAACUGGAGUCGUUGGCCGGGCUGAACUCUUGUCCUCUGUGUUCUUUCUGGCUGCGUUUUUAUCGUACACCAAAUCUAAAGGUCCCAACAAUUCAAUUGUGUGGACACCCAUCGUGGUCACUAUAACUUUAGUUGCUGCUGCAACAUUGUGCAAAGAACAGGGAAUAACAGUCAUUGGCAUAUGCUUUGUGUACGAAAUCUUUGUUGCCCAAGGGUUCACUCUGCAUGUUCUCAGAGAGAUCGUCGUUCACAUGGUACAAGGGAAAGGCUAUCUACCAUCGUGGGUGCUGCAAACUCUGAUCAAGCUUAUAUUUUUGAUGCUGAGCACACUUCUCCUGGUUAUAGUCCGUGUUCAGGUCAUCCAGUCCCAGCUACCAGUUUUCACCAGAUUUGACAAUCCAGCUGCUGUGAGUGCGAGUCCCUCAAGACAGCUCACGUUCAACUACCUCUUGCCCUUGAAUGGCUGGCUCCUUCUGAAUCCAUCAGAAUUGUGCUGUGACUGGACAAUGGGAACAGUCCCACUUGUGGAAUCAAUCCUGGACGUUCGAAACCUCGCCACUCUUGCUUUCUACGUUUUAGUGGCCCUGCUGAUCCUUAACAGCCUUCGCAACCCUGGAGAAUCAUCUCAAGUUGUACUAAUGGCACUUUCUUUCAUGGUAUUGCCCUUUAUUCCGGCAUCAAACCUGUUCUUCCCUGUGGGCUUCGUGGUAGCAGAGAGAGUGCUGUAUGUACCGAGCAUGGGGUUCUGUUUGCUGGUUGCCCAUGGAUGGAAGAAGAUAGCAGGAACAAGAUACCUAAAGAAGCUGGCUUGGAUUGGUCUGACGAUUCUACUUAUUGCCCACACCAGUAAAACAAUAUACCGAAAUUGGGAUUGGGAGUCUGAAUACACACUCUUCAUGUCUGGUCUGAAGGUCAAUAAAAAUAACGCAAAACUCUGGAAUAACGUGGGACAUGCUUUGGAAAAUGAGCACAACUAUGGGAAGGCUUUGAAGUACUUCAUUCAAGCCACAAGAGUUCAACCAGAUGAUAUUGGUGCCCAUAUGAAUGUCGGAAGAACGUACAAAAACCUGAACAAAACCAAAGAAGCCGAAGAUGCCUACAUGCUGGCAAAGUCUCUCAUGCCACAGAUUAUACCAGGAAAGAAGUACGCAGCGCGUGUCGCACCCAAUCAUCUGAACGUUUACAUUAACCUGGCAAAUCUGAUUCGAGGGAAUGAAUCUCGCUUGGAGGAGGCUGACCAGUUAUAUCGGCAGGCAAUCAGCAUGAGACCAGACUUUAAACAGGCCUACAUCAACAGGGGGGAGCUCCUUCUGAAGAUGGACAGACCUCUGGAGGCCAGGGACGCCUACACAAGGGCCCUGGAACUGGACCGGACCAACGCUGACCUCUGGUACAACUUGGCAAUUGUUUACAUUGAGCUAAAAGACCCCUCCGAAGCAUUGAAGCAUUUCAACCAGGCUCUAGAAAUCAGUUCAACUCACAAGUUGGCAUUGUUUAACUCUGGUCUACUGAUGCAAGAAUCGGGCGAGGCCAGUCUAAGGCCAGAGGCCAAGAAGCGUUUUUUAAGCUACGUGGAAAUGGAGCCGCAGGAUGCCAACGGGUACUUCAACCUGGGAAUGCUCGCCAUGGACAACAAGCAGAACGUCGAGGCUGAAGCCUGGAUGCGGAAGUCCAUCGAGGUGCAGCCUGGAUUCCGCAGCGCGCUGUUCAACCUGGCUCUGUUGUACUCGCAGACGGGGAUGGAGCUGGAAGCUCUCCCUGUCCUCACAGAGCUGCUACAUCACCACCCUGAACACAUUAAGGGGCUCAUCUUAAAAGGGGACAUUCUGAUGAACCGGAUGAAAGAUAUCAAGGGAGCCAAGUGGUGCUUUGAGAGGAUCCUGGAGAUUGACCCCACCAACAUUCAGGGCAAGCACAACUUGUGCGUGGUAUACUUUGAGGAGAAGGACCUGGCGAAGGCUGAGCUUUGUCUGUCAGAGACCUUGGCCCUGGCACCGGACGAGGAAUACAUUCACCGCCACCUGAGCAUCGUCCGCAGCAAGCUGGCAGCGCAGAGCAACAGUAGCCCCUUACCCCAGCCAACAUCGAAUGGCCAGACGAGCCCACUGGGGCAGGAACCCCCCACCAAGAACAUGAAGGGACACCACAGUGAGCAGAAGAAAGGUCCAGGAAGAGCAGACGCCACUGAACCCCACACAGAGCUAACAAGUGACUCGAAGCCAUCCCCAAACGAGCUCCACAAACGGACAAAAAAAAAGUCCAAUAAAGAGAUAAAAGAAAUUGAAAAGAAGCGCGCUGCGGCCUUAAAGCGAUUGGAAGAGAUCGAACGCAUUUUGAACGUUGAGUAGCAAGAAAAUCGUACGAUCCUGGUUUGUGUAUGAUCACUGUCCUUUUAAAAUUGACUUAUUAUUGUGGCAACAAUAGUUUGUUUUCCGCUAUGCAGGGAAGAUAAUUUUAUGCAAAAGAACUUGAAUAGGAAUCGUAAUACCGAUAAAAAACAAUCGUAUACGUGAAUGCGAGUUUAGACACUAAUUUAACAGAACUUUAAAGACUCCUACCUCGAGCUGCCUUCGUGAUCCAGAAGAAACAAUCCUUUGUUUCGAGAAAUGGUGUAAGACUUGUAAAGAGUGGCUUCGAAGGAAACAAGGUGCAUGUCAGGACUGUCCCAGAAACAGAGGGUUUGCUUGUCAUUCUUGGAAAAAAACCAGUAGAUUAGUUAAUGAUCCAGUAGAUCAGUGCACGAGCCAGUAGAUCUAUGCGUGAUCCACUGGAUCCAUCCUCGAUCUAGUAGAUCAGCCCGGGGUCUAGUAGUUUUGCUUGUGAUCCAAUUGAUCCACCCGUGUUCCAGUGGAUCCACUCACAAUCUAGUAGAACCACUGAUCCCUUAGAACCAAUCGGGAUCUGCUGGAUCCACCCGUGAUCUGUCAGGUCCGCUCAUGAUCUGGCAGAUCCACUCAGGAUCUGGUAAUUCCACUCGCGGUCUAGUAGUAGUGCCACUCACAAUCUAGUAGAUCUCCUUGUGAUCCAGUAAAUCUGCCCACGAUCACGCCGAUCCACCCGUGAUGCAGCAGAUCUGUGCACAAUCCCAUAGAUCAAAAGCUUCCUAGAUGAUUCUUCACAGCUGUUUGGUCCUGUGAAUGAUUCCCUGCGUCGGACCUACGGAUUUGUGAGUUGGAUUCCAGCUGUGUGAGGUGAGCGGGUUUCGUUCGGGGAGAUGUUGAAACUCUUGCAAGUGUCUUGGUGAAUCUGGGCUGAGGCAGUGAACACGUCUGCAGGCGACUCUUCUUUGUGGUUGUUGUUUGGAGACCAUGUGGCAACGUGAAUAUUUGUAGACGGAGCUAGGGACCUGAGGAAAAUUCCUCCCAAUCCCUACUCCACCAGACUGAACACCAGCAUGGUGGCGCAAUGGCGGAGCUGCUGCCUUACAGCGCCAGAGACCCGGGUUUGAUACUGACUAUGGGUGUUGUCUGUAUGGCGUUUGCACGUUCUCCCCUUGACCGCGUGGGUUUUCCCACACUCCAAAGACGUGCAGAUUUGUAGGUUAAUUGACUUUGGUAAAGAUUGUAAAUUGUCCCUAGUGUGUGUAGGUUAAUGCUGGUGCAUAGGGUGGUCGGUGCUCAGCACUAACUCGGUGGGCUGAAGGCCUGUUUCCCUACUGUAUCUCUAAGCUAAACUAAAUCUCCCAAUGGCCAAGCUCACUGUGCAUGGACGAGUCGGAGACUACACUGGGGCCUCAGUGCUCAGGAAUCAGAUGUGAGAAAGACAUCCACGACCUGGUUCGGAAUCUCUCAGAGGGAGAGAGGGCAAUCUUGGUGACAGGAGGUGCGAGCUAUUGAUCGCAAGAAUGGUUAUCGGGAUAGUCUCACCAAAAUGCACCGUGGUCUGAGGAGCUCCGUUUACUUAAAGUACAAAUAGCAAGGGCAGCAUGGUGGCGCAGUGGUAGAGUUGCUGCCUUACAGCGCUAGAGAGCCGAGUUCGAUCCUGACUACGGGUGCUGUCUGCACAGGGUUUGUACGUUCUCCCUGUGACCGCAUGAGUUUUCCCCAGGUGCUCCGGCUUCCUCCCACACUCCAAAGAUAUAGGUUAAUUGGCUUUGGUAAAAUUGUAAAUUGUCCCUAGUGUGUACGAUAGUCCUAGUGGACAGGGGUCUAUGGUCGGCGCGGACUCGGUGGGCUAAAGGACCUGUUUCCGCGCUGUAUCUCUAAACUAAACUAAGCUAGCUUGUCAUCUGUGUGGGAAGGAACUGCAGAUGCUGGUUUAUACCAAAGAUAGACACAAAGUGCUGGAGUAACUCAGCGGGUCAGGCAGCAUCUAUGGAGGAAAAGGAUGAGUGACAUUUUGGGUUGGUUUGGGUCUGAAGAAGGGUCUCGACCCGAAACGUCGCCCAUCCUUUUUAUCUAGAGAUACUGCCUGACAAACUUGUCAUCUGCCCUUUUGUCAAUUCUGGGAGCCUUUGACUGUUUAAAAAGGGAGAAAGUUUUGAAGACUGUCAUUAUUGCCUGAGCAGCAUUAUCACCUUGGACUGAAAUAGCAGUAGGGUCUGUGGCACCUAUCCACAACCACUUGUGUACGAUGUAGCUGAGUAAUAUGUUCACUGCCAUCAGGUACUGGGCAGUGAACAAAACUGAUUUGCUUUGCCUUUCUGAGGAAGAUUGCAGCGAAGACAUCUCUGCUAAAUGUAAACCACUCCUAAGUUGCAUGUUACACGUCAGCAGAAGACUUCAAAGCAAUGCUCUUACUGUGUCAUCCUUUGUUGUACCUAUACCUAAACACUUCAUUUAUUUCACAUCAAUUCAUGCACUGAAACAUAUAUUGAAACCAAUCGUAUAUUCAUUAAUGCAUUAUCUUGAGUUUAGUAUUCCACAAACCUUUAUUUUUGCUUGUUUUCUAUGUUUGAGUCAGAUUGAUGUGCUGUAAACAAUAUACCAUGGUGGCAAUUUAGGUCAUUUGGUUUUAUGUAACCAAGAGGCCCAGGUAUUGUUCAUGAAUGAGAUAAUGUCAAAAAAUCUGCUACUGAACGGCAAUGCAAUCUUAUUCUGUGUGGUUCCAUUUUGACAUUUCAAUUGUGGGGAAUUGAGCAGGUUGUUAUCCAAUCAAAUCCCAAACUAGGAAUCUGCCCUUUUUAUCGAGGCUUGAAAUUCUUAAUAUCUGUGUUUUUUUUUAGACUAAUGGGUGUUAUAACUUCUCCAAUUAAGUGGAUAACCUUUUUUUUGUCUUGAAUGCAAAUAAAGUUUGAAUUUUGGAGUA